AUGAUAAAAGUUAUAUUAAUACUGCUGAUCAUAGCUACAGAAGUACGGAGGCAUAUUUUGUUUUCCAACUAUGGAACCUACGUGUGGAUAUUCAUGACGAUUCUGUGUAGUGUGUUGGUCGCCUUCUGCUUGGUGCACAAAAAAGGAGUAGAUAAAGAAAAGGAACGGGACGAGAGCUUAUCGAAUGGGCUUCGAGAAAGCUUAUCGAAUGGGCUGCGAGAGAUCUUAUCGAAUGGGCUGCGAGAGAUCUUAUCGAAUGGGCGACGAGAAAGCUUAUCGAAUGGGCGACGAGAAAGCUUAUCGAAUAGAACGGGUGAACGAUCGAUCGCUGGAAAAAGAACUUGUCAACAGAAAGGCAACCUUUCAUUUUGGAACUCUCUUUUAACAAUCGGUGGUUAUCACCAUCGGGAAAAAUCUCCAAUGUUCUUGAACAAGACAGAAAAUAAUUUAUUUAUCAGUUUAUACGAGAAGGGAGUUCUUGGGAGAUGGCAUCUCUUCUUACACACAUACGUGAUGAACCUUUUCUCUGCAUUUUUUUUCCCAUUUUUUUCUAUCCUUUUGAUUGAGAAAUAUGAUAUCUUGAGUAAUGACAUGGCGAAACUAUCUCUUGUCCUCGUGAACGAGUUCAUUCUAUGUAGCAUUUUCCUGCGCUAUGUGCAAGUGAACCUAUGGGUGUACCUGCUUUUCCAUUGGUUUCUGUUUCUCAUAACGCUUGGUUCAAUGGAAAUUCGAGAAAGUAUGCCCAUCUGUUUUCUCUGCUUUAUGAUUAAUUUCGGCCUUUACCACACGUUUUCCAUAUCUGUCUUUCAGCUAACGAAUGGGGUGUUUUCUUUCUUAGAGGGAAUAACGGUCAGCAUCCUAGGGACUCUUCUACUGGAUGGUUGUAUUUAUGGUCUUUUCUACAUGAAGCUGAAUGAGAAUAUUGUUCCAAAUGUGGUAUUCACAUUUUUCAGUAAAGUGGCUGUGAGUUUCGCUCUCUAUGCUACAUGCUGCAUCUACUUCAUACAUCGGAGAAAUAUAAAUAAGGAGAAAAUUAUUAUGAGUACUCUGAUGUUUUUUUCGUACAAUCUAUUCAAUCUAGGCUCAAGACAACACGACGUUCUUAGAGAUGCAGAAACAAGCGCGCUCGGAAUUUUAACACACCUGAUAUGGAAUCAAAAGAAUUACGUUUUAAUACUGCUAUGGUUGGCUGUAACUACUCUGUAUAUAUUUUACAUUAUCAAGUUGUUGAAGAAAAAUGAAAACUUAUCAUACCUGAGGAAGCAUUACCAUUUCCUUCUUUACUUAAAUGUGCAGUUGUCGUUCUUCUCGAAUAUGGUAAAUAAAAAUAUUCAACUUCUCAUCAUAACCCUAUCUUUCGGAUUCCUGCUGUUGCUACUAUUGGAAGUUAUAAGAAAAAGUGUAGAAGCUUUGACUCCUGAUCCCAAUCCAUUCAAUAGUUUCUUCACAGGAUUUAUAGAUGAACGGGACAAGAAGGGGUUAAUCGUUACACAUAUUUACCUUUUAGCAGGGGCUUACAUCCCAAUCCUCACAGACGUGAUGCUGAACAAGAAGAAUUUCAUUCGCAGGGGAAACCAAAGCGUGUAUUCUUUUCGAGAAGUAGAUUUGGUUUUGUGCAGUUCUGGACUUAGCGCCAUUUGCAUAGGGGAUUCAUUUGCUGCCAUAGGAGGGCUUUUGUUUCCAAAUCCAAAGAUGAAAAAUACGAACAAUAAGUCAUAUGCUGGUUUUCUUUUUUUUUUCUGUUCAACCUUUUUGUCACUUUGGCUUGAGAGAUAUCUUUUUCAAAAAGGAGAACACUUAACUGGUUUAACCUCCAUUUUUAUGACAGCCAUCUUUGGUGCUUUAUUCGAGGCAUACCUCUACGACAUAGAUAAUUUAAUAUUGCCCAUAUUCACAUUUUGUGUUCCAUCGGACAUUGCAAUUCUGGAACACAAGUACGCGAAAAAGAAUGAGAAAAGAAGAAUUAAUUUAUUAAAAAGGAUUUUUAUUCAUUUUUCCUUUUUUAAAAUUGGAAACAACUGUAACAAAUUGAACAGUUACGAUGUCAUUAAGGUCCUUUCGAAUGUGUAUGCAGAUGAACCAAAUGAAAAUAAAAAUUUGAAUUCAGUUAAUAUUCUCAACAUCCUGAACACAAGGCAAAGGGAUAUCGAAAAACAGGUUAAGUGCAAGAUGUACUCCUUUAUUGGCUGUUUACUACUGCCCUUGUAUAGUCUGAACAAGUUCAGGUACUACGACGCAAAGAGUAAAAUCAUUAUUGUUCCCUUUUUUUCAAUUGCUGGCAUUUAUCUUGGUUCUUUUGUUGGAAAUUUAGCUACUGGGAGAUUUUCUGAUUACAAAAGAUCGAAGUUUUUAGGAACACUCCCAGCAAACGUUUUUUUGAAAGAGUGA